ACAGUGUAUAAUCUCUCAAAACAUACUUUUUCAAUUCUUCCAAGUCUUUACCUUAGUCUCUCUAAACAAUCUUUUCCCAUAAUGGAGCAAAAUCAGAAAACAUCAUCGUUGAAGAAACGACACCGUUUAGUAGCUAUGCCAUACCCAGGAAGAGGGCACAUAAACCCGAUGCUGAAUCUCUGUAAACUCAUCCUCUCUAAAUCUGAUAAUUUCUCCAUCACAUUCGUUGUCACAGAAGAGUGGCUCGGCUUCCUCAGCGCGGAGGCUCAGGAGAAGCCGCUGCCAGAAAACUUGAGCUUAGCUGCAGUCCCUCAAGUGAUCCCUUCUGAGAAAGGUCGAGCGGCAAAUAUAAUGGAGUUUGUACAAGCCUUACUCACUAAGCUUCAACACCCAUUUGAGCGGCUCCUUGAUCGGCUUGAGUCUAAGCCGAUAGCCAUUAUUUAUGACGUUUUUUUGAGCUGGAUGGUGGGUGUUGGAAAUGAAAGGAAUAUAGCAUUAGCGUCGCUUGUUACUGUUUCUGCUUCCUUUUUUACCGUUCUUUCUCACUUUGACUUGUUGGUUCAACAUGGUCAUGUUCCUCUUCAUGUCUCAGAGAAGGAAACAUACAAGCUAAAUAGACAAGAUGAGCCUUUAGAUUACAUUCCAGGAAUCCCAUCAACAACUUUUGCUGAUUUGCCACCAUCAUUCCAAAAAGAUGGGAGAAAGUUGUUAAACCAAAUGGUAGAUAUGGUUUCAUCUACAAACAAUGCGCAGUACAUUUUAAUCACAUCAAUCCAUGAAUUUGAUAAGCAACCAAUACAUAGUCUAAAAACAAAAUUUCAUGUUCCAUUCUACCAAAUUGGUCCAAUGAUUCCCUACUUUUCUUAUCAAAAUCAUAAAACCCACAAUUAUUUUCAUUGGUUGGAUUCUCAACCAAAAGGCUCAGUAUUGUACAUUUCACAAGGAAGUUAUUUAUCAUUAUCAAAUGAUCAAAUACAAGAGAUUAUAUUAGGGAUUCAAGAUAGUAAUGUUCCAUUUUUGUGGGUGACUCGAGGUGAAAUCGAAAAUUUAGGUGAGGUUGAUAAUGCUAAAGGGUUAUUUGUCCCUUGGUGUGAUCAAUUAAGGGUUUUAUGUCAUCCUUCGAUUGGAGGGUUUUGGACGCAUUGUGGAUGGAACUCGAGUUCUGAAGGAUUUUACGCUGGUGUUCCUAUGCUUACUUGCCCUAUUGCUUGGGAUCAAUUUCUUCAUAGUAGAAUGAUAGUUGAUGGUUUGAAGAUUGGAUGGAAUGUGCUCAAAAAUGAUGCUCAUGUGAUUACAAGACAGGAGAUAGCAGAAAUUGUGAGUAAAUUUAUGGAUCCUGAAUGUUAUGAGAGAAAAGAGAUGGUUAAAAGAGCAAAAGAGGUAAGAGAUAUGUUUAGACAAGCUAUGGAUAAUGGAGGCUCAGCUACUUUAGAUUUUGAUGCUUUUAUCAAUGAUGUUAUGCCAAAACAUGAUUAGUAAUACUAGACAAGAGUAGAGAUCGUUGAACUUUUUUUUUACUACUUGCUCCGUUCUGAAAUACUUGCUACAUUACGGUUAUUGUCAUUAUUCAUUGUUCAAGCUUAUUUAUAUUACGACUAAUGUGUAAGAAUCGAAAAAAAUAUAGUCAAAUAAGAUCUUGUUUGAAUCGUCUAAUCAUACUUAAAUACGACUAGACCUGUAGUAAAACUGACUUGGACUAGAACUAUAUUAACUCAACCCAAUAUAAACCCAAACAAUAUUUGAUCCGAUCCAAAACCGAAUUUGACUCAGUAUGGUAUUUUCCCGAUAUAGACACACACUUGA